UUUACAGUACACCAGCAGGGACACACACACACACACACCCUCACCAUGGCUCCUGCACUGAACCGCACACCGGCGUUGUUGUCGUGUAUUUAUUUAGCCUCGCUGCUUUUCUCCGGUGUGUUCUGCGACGCGGAGGCAGAAGAAGAUGAACACGCCAAGCACUCGUACACGGUGGAGAUGUUCAACGAGGCGGUGCCCACCGCUCCACACUUUGUCAUGUUUUACGCCCCCUGGUGCGGCCAUUGCCAGAGAUUACAGCCGGCAUGGAAUGAACUGGGAGACAAAUACAACAGCAUGGAUGAUCCUCAGGUGUACGUGGUGAAGGUAGACUGCGUCCAGGACACCAAGUUCUGCUCCAAUGAACAUGGAAUUAGAGGCUACCCCACGCUUAAGUUGUUCAGGCCAGACCAGGAGGCAGUGAAAUACCAGGGGUCCAGAGAUCUGCAGUCCAUGGAGACGUGGAUGCUGCAGACACUCCAGGAGCAGCCUGGGGAACCAGAGACUGAACUGGAGCCCCCCAAAGCCCCAGAGCCCAAACAGGGCAUGUAUGAGCUCACCGCUCUGAACUUCAAGGCCCAUAUAGCCAAAGGUGCUCAUUUCGUUAAGUUCUUUGCUCCUUGGUGCGGCCACUGCAAAGCCAUGGUACCAACCUGGGAACAGCUGGCCAACACCUUAGAGCACACCGAUGAUGUCAAGAUCGGGAAGGUGGACUGUACACAGCACUAUGAGGUGUGUUCUGAAAACGGCGUGCGGGGGUAUCCCACACUGCUCUUCUUCAACAAUGGCCAGAAGACGGAACAGUACAAAGGAAAAAGAGACUUGGACUCUUUCAAAGACUUUGUGGACAAUCAGCUGAAGGCCGCCACUGCUGAGGAGCCAGAGCAGGAACCAAGCGAUGAACAAAUAGCAAACGAGAUCCCCACCGAUGAGCCGGCUAAAGAGGAGACCAGCGUGUUGGACCUGACAGAGACUAACUUUGAUGAGUCAGUGGCAAAGGGCUUCACCUUUAUCAAGUUUUAUGCUCCAUGGUGCGGCCACUGUAAGAAUCUUGCUCCAACAUGGGAGGAUCUUUCCAAGAAGGAGUUUCCUGGCCUCACUGAUGUCAAGAUAGCCAAAGUGGACUGCACUGUUGAGCGCACGCUCUGCAACAAGUAUUCUGUACGCGGUUACCCCACGCUGAUCAUCUUCAGGGCAGGGAACCAGGGCGACGAGCACCACGGAGGACGGGACCUGGAGAGCCUGCACGGCUUCGUCAUGAGGCAGGCGAGAGACGAGUUGUAGAAAAACUGUGAAGUCCGCGCCCACACUGCAUAUCUGACCAGUAGGACACCACUCUCUCUCUCGCUCGCUCUCAUACAGAAGCGAACUCUCCCUUUAGCUCUCUCCACUCGGGUUUGGUGGUCUGCUCUUUCUACAGUGUUCAAGGAGAGAAUGAUUCAGUUUGGGAUCUGAUGUAUUUGUCAUUGCUGUUAUUCAACCUCAAGUCUCCUAAUGGGGAGAAUAUGGUUUCAGUUGGGCCUGCACAUGAAGUAAUACUGUGUCUGACAUUCACUUUGCAAGCACUGCUCAAUUGAUCAGAACCAGAAUUCCUCAGACAGGUAAUGUUUAUUAAAUGGGUAACACUGAAAAUGUUCCUGGUUAAAAAUCAAUUGUUUCUGACUUAAACUUCUGUUGCCAUUUCACUUUUUUUUUAAAUACAUGAAUUUUUUUAUACAUGGGAUCUGUUGUUAAAUCAUGAGCCAUUAAUGUUACGGUACUAGUUAAAAGCUUACGUCACCCGAAUGUGAUGUUUUUUUUGAGUUAAGUUGCAGGAACCUCAUAUCCACUCCACUAAUGGCUCGUCUGACUUAACUCUCAGGGAAACCCAGGCUAGAGGGCGUUUGUAACGGAGGCUUUGUUGUUGUUAAGGGAGUCGGACAUGCCACAGGGACGGCACUUCAUUUUUUACUCUUUGUGAUCAAGACAAAAUAAAGAUCUGAUUAAUUUCUCUUGCUUGUUGGAAAGUACAGAAAAUUAGCAAAGAUCCAAGUCAUGCACCCGACUUCGUUUCCGACUCCUCCAGCCCUCUGCUCCUCCUAGCAUUCAGCCUCUCAGGCCUGGACCAUGUCGCUCCAUAUCUCUGUAACUGAACAUCUGUAGACUCACUGCUUCUUCUGGUCAUUCAGAAACACCCAUCAGACACAGUCAAAUGUUUCCUUAGAUCCCUCAUGUCAAAAUAUCACCAAAUGUAUGCUUUUACAAGCUUUCCUCUGCGGUCAGACAUUUUUAUAAAGCAAUGUUAUUACUGAAAGAACGUAAGCUCAAAUCAAGCAUCACAUCACUUCUCUUAGGAUUAUUUAGUUAUUGUGUUUGAACCAGCUGCGUCUACCAUCUUUUUCAUUUGUCCCUAAUAGGGGCAGCCUGUUGCGUUCGUUUUCUGGUAUGCUUGGAACUUUCUGUGUGUACCUCACCGUAUCUUGGAGAUCCUGAAUUGGACGUAGGUGACUAUGACUGCUACAUGGGUAAUGGGUCUGAUCUUGGCUGCUAAGCCACCAUAAUCAACCAAAAUAAACCAUUAUUCGACUGGUUUUAACUUCCUAUUCUCACUAUAAGCAUUGGUUAGGUGUAUUGUUAGUCUCCUGCAUACUGGGGCAUAACAUGACCCCUCAAACCCAACCUGACUGAGGGAUUUAACUGUCAAAGGCCAAGGUUUGAGUAGGAUUCACAGUUUGAGGGUUUUCAUUUCCUUUUCCUGCGUUUAAUCAUGUAGCGAUGUAACAAACUGCAUCCAUCCACAAGGCCGUGCCAAUACAUUGCAAAGGCACAAUGCAGGGUGCCAUUUAUUGUCCAAACCAGGUACACAAACAGUGAGACACAACAGUUCUUUGUCAGUAAAAGUUUUUAUGGAUAGCACAUGGUCUUAAAAAAGAUAACUCCAGUGAGAAGUUUUUUUCCUUGUGAGUCAUGGGUUGUGCUCUUCCCAUGGAUUUUGUACAAAAAAGAGUAAAUAAUGGCAAGUUGUAACAUGAGAUUUCAUAAUAAAUUUUUUCAAAAAUAA